AUGGUGGGGGUCCCCAAGCCUGACCAUUGCUCCUUUCUGACCCUAGACACAGCUGUGAUCAGCCCCCAGGACCCCACGCUCCUCAUCGGUUCCUCCCUGCAAGCCACCUGCUCAGUGCUUGGGGACCCACCAGGGGCCACCGCUGAUGGCCUCUACUGGACCCUCAAUGGGCGCCGCCUGCCCACCGAGCUCUCCCGCGUGCUCAACACCUCCACCCUGGCCCUUGCCCUGGCCAACCUCAACGGGUCCAGGCAACAGUCAGGGGACAAUCUGGUGUGUCACGCCCGUGAUGGCAGCAUCCUGGCUGGCUCCUGCCUCUAUGUUGGCCUGCCCCCGGAGAAGCCCUUCAACAUCAGCUGCUGGUCCAAGAACAUGAAGGACCUGACGUGCCGCUGGACACCUGGGGCACCUGGGGAGACCUUCCUACAUACCAACUACUCCCUCAAGUACAAGCUGAGGUGGUACGGCCAGGACAACACGUGUGAGGAGUACCACACCAUGGGGCCCCAUUCCUGCCACAUCCCCAAAGACCUGGCCCUCUUCACGCCCUAUGAGAUCUGGGUGGAGGCCACCAACCGCCUGGGCUCAGCGCGCUCUGAUGUGCUUACCCUGGACAUCCUGGAUGUGGUGACCACGGACCCCCCUCCUGAUGUGCAUGUGAGCCGCGUUGGGGGCCUGGAGGACCAGCUCAGUGUUCGCUGGGUCUCGCCACCCGCCCUCAAGGACUUCCUGUUCCAAGCCAAGUACCAGAUCCGCUACCGUGUGGAAGAUAGUGUGGAUUGGAAGGUGGUGGAUGAUGUCAGCAACCAGACCUCAUGCCGCCUGGCGGGCCUGAAGCCAGGUACCGUGUACUUUGUGCAAGUCCGUUGCAACCCUUUUGGCAUCUAUGGCUCUAAGAAGGCUGGGAUCUGGAGUGAAUGGAGCCACCCCACGGCCGCGUCCACCCCCCGCAGUGAGCGGCCGGGCCCUGGCGGCGGGGCGUGCGAGCCGCGAGGCGGCGAGCCGAGCUCGGGCCCAGUGCGGCGCGAGCUCAAGCAGUUCCUGGGCUGGCUCAAGAAGCACGCGUACUGCUCGAACCUCAGCUUCCGCCUCUAUGACCAGUGGCGCGCCUGGAUGCAAAAGUCGCACAAGACGCGCAACCAGGACGAGGGGAUCCUGCCCUCGGGCAGACGGGGCUCGGCGAGAGGUAAGAGGGCCCGGGCAGCCUAG